CAACAACUCGUUUUAAGGUGGACUGGUAUCUAUGCUAUUGCUCAAGUUACUUUCCCCGAGUGAGCUGCCUUUAAAUUACAGUAGAUAAACGUCGAGAUGUCGCGAUAACACCUGUCUUAAGCAUCGCGAGAGCACUGUCAAAUACAACUCGAUUUCUGAUUGGUUUGUGAUGUUUGUUGUAAGAUGGCGCCCUGAGAAAUAUUAGUGGUGUGAAGAAAGAAAAAACUAUAAUUAACCUUCGGAAGAAAACAGUACAGCAUAAAAAAGACUAGGAAAACAAUAAUACCACUUUUUCCCCCUAUCGUUUGAGGAAGAGGGACAUUUCGGAGACAGAUAACGGUUUUUGGAAGCUCAAACCUCGGCUUGUAGAGGAAAGAGGUUGCAUUUGACAUCAGAGGACACUAUCAGCAGUAAUGAACAACUCUAUGGAUAGUACAGGCUCCUAUGAAGAGCUAAUGAGACAGAAAGCUCGGAGCAUCCCCCAGCAUCGCAUGAAGGAGUUCCUGGAGUCUUUGGCCAGCAAAGGUCCAGAUGCAUUACAGGAGUUUAGCCAACAAAGUGGAGACACUACAACCACCACUUCCACCAUGGUUUACCAUCAGGAGACCAACUGCAUCUACACCGACAGCACAGAAGUGGCAGGAUCACUGUUGGAGUUGGCAUGUCCGGUUCAGGUGCAGGUUCAGCCUCAGCAGCAACAGCAGAUACAAGAGUCUGCAGCCCAGCAGCAGUCUGUGCAGCAGAAUACAGAACAACAGAUAGUGCAGGUGCAGAUUCAAGGUCAGCAGCAAGGCCAGAUGCUGGGCCAGGUUCUCCAAGUGCCCUCAAGCUCACAUCAGCAGCUACAAGGUGUAACCACGGCACAGCUGAUUCAGCCAGGGGAGCUAACAGAAGAGCAGCACCAACAGCUACAAGCACAGCUGGUAGCAGCUGUUGCAGGAGGUCAACAAAUCCAGAUCCAGACUGUAGGGGCCCUCUCUCCCACUCAGCAACAGGAUGGUACUGAGAGAAGAGUAAUGGGGACCACAAUAGCUGCACCUCAGGGAGCAGGUGUUCUCCAGCCAGCCAAGAAACGCAAGGUGGACAUGCCCAUCACGGUGUCUUAUGCUCUUCCCGGCCAGCAGGUAGCCACAGUCCUGGCUAUUCCUCAGGGUCAGGGACAGCAGCAGAGUUAUGUGUCCCUUCGACCAGAUCUCCUAACUGUGGACAGUUCACACCUUUACAGCGCCACUGGGACUAUCACCAGUCCUACAGGGGAGACCUGGACCAUCCCUGUUUAUUCUGCUCCUGCUGGAUCUGGGGGUCGUGAGCAGGUCACACACAUUGCCAUUCCCCAAGAGGCCUAUGGAACAGUGCAGGUUGCUGGAGCAAACACUACAACGAUGACAACAAUGCCUACACAGGUCACGAUUGAGAAUGACAAGCUUAAAAAUGUGACUAGUCAAAGUCAGACAGCACAGGCUGUUUCCAGCAUAACAAGCUCCGGUGGCAUGGGGAACCAGGAGGAAGUGGUGCACACACUGUCCGCAAACACCCUGUUUCCUGCCCAACUGAUGAAUGGGAACAUCCACAUCCCUGUGGCUGUGCAGGGCUACUCAAACACCACACAGUCACUUAUUUGGGACCCCCAGCAGCAGGUACUGCACACACAGGGUCUGUCGGGACAGGAAGCCCAGCAGCUGCAAGUAAUAGCACAGGGUCAGACGGUGGUGGCAGAAGUAGACGGUCAAGGCCAACAGGUGCAGGUCCAAGAGCUGCUUUUGCCUGCUACACUGAAGCCAGAGGAAGGGUUGGAUGUAUGGCGGCUUUGGGCGCAGCGCAAGAACGCUGAAUUAGACAAGUCGGACAAGAACAAACUUGCCCCCAUUGGCCGACGGCAGGCACUGCGCUUUCAGGAAGACUUGGUGUCUUGUGCGGUGGCUGAGCUCUGUAUGGGUCUGUCUUUGAUGACAACAGAGGCUCGGGGACUGGAGGGGGAGUCUUAUGAGGCUGAUGUCCUAUACUAUAUCUUUUUGUGUAUUCAAAAAUAUCUGUUCGAUAAUGGUCGAGUGGAUGACAUCUUCUCAGAUCAGUACUACACUCGUUUUGCACACAGUCUUCACCAAAUCCUGGAACCUUGGAGGCCGUCUGUUCAUCCUUUAGGUUACGUUAUCCCCAGUCAUGUGACGGAGGAAAUGCUGUGGGAAUGUAAACAGCUGGGAGCUCAUUCUCCCUCCACACUGCUCACCACUCUCAUGUUCUUCAACACAAAGUAUUUUCAUCUGAAAACAGUGGAUCAGCAUUUGAAAGUGGCCUUUUCAAAAGUGUUAAGACACACCAGAAAGAGUCCCAACAACCCUAAAGAUAAAAGCACGAGCAUCCGAUACCUCAAGUCAACAGAGAGGUUCAUUGGGCAGAAAGUAACAGACGACAUGUAUGCAGAACAGCUGGAAGACCCAGAGAAUCCACUACGAUGCCCCAUCAAGCUCUAUGAUUUCUACCUCUUCAAAUGUCCGCAGAGCGCCAAAGGUCGCAACGAUACCUUCUAUCUGACUCCGGAGCCUGUGGUGGCUCCAAACAGCCCCAUCUGGUACUCGACCCAGUCAAUCCCGAAAGAGCAGCUGGAGCAGAUGCUGGCUCGCAUCCUUUUCGUUCGUGAAAUCCAGGAAGCCAUUAGUAUGUCGGAAAAUGUGCAUUAAUGGGACCAGAAGGGAAUUAAAAAAAAAUGAAGAGACCUCCUUCUUUUCUUCACCUAGCCUUCAAUUGCUCAUCAAAUCCCCCCCACACACACACACUGUUGUGCUAAGGGGAGGCAUGUAUAUGUUUAUAUUCACCGUGUGUUACCUUACCUUCUACACAAACUGUACAUAGGCAUACAACACAUAUAGAUUAUGAUUUGUCUCCUUCAGGCAGUCACUCAGUUACCUUUUACUUUUUGUUUCGGCCAAAGGAUGUAGUGUCUAACAAUUUUAUUGGACCUGAACUCUAAUUUAAGUGUUAUUUUAACAGUUGGUUGUUCUCACCAAUAGUUUGUAAUAAGUAUUUUCUUUAUUUUAAUGUGUAAUAUAUUUUUGCAUAUAUCCUCACUUGGGCUGGCCUGUGCUAUGCUGCUAUUCAUGUUCUUCUUGUUUCUUUACUGUUCUUCCUGCUUUGAUCACAGCCCGAGUCCCAGUGAAUACCUUUGUGGUAUUAAAGCUGCUUUGAGCAGCCAGGCUUUGGCCUAAAAACUCGUA